GCAUCAAAGCUGACAUUUCACGAGCUCCUGAAGAUGGAGCAAGAUCUUUCCAAUCUACUAAGUGAUGCAUUCUCAGAUUCGUCUGUUCCAUUGUUCCCUGAUGGAGAUUUAGACUUUGAGAGUUUGAAUUUUAACGAAAACUUUGAGGAAGACAGAACAGGCAUCGCUGAUGAAAACAAAGAUCUGCACCAGGAAGGAACUGGUGCAACUGCUGUUUUGUUCAGCACUGAUCCUGAAGAUAUGUACACGAGUGAAAGUGUUGAUAAAGUUCAAUUUGAAGAUAAAAAAGAUUUUCAGGGUGUCCGGUGUCCACCAGAGGAAGAUUACACAAGCUCGGAUGGAGACUAUGAACCUGAAGGCUCUGUGUCGGGAGAGGAUGAGGAAGAGGACGAGGGCACAGGAGACAACCCAGGAGACAUAUUGAUGUCAGUUUGCUGCAGCGAUGAGUUUGGUCAUGAAGAGGACAGGAUCUUUGCUGAGGGACUCCCUCUGGCCCCGCAGGGUGCUGAAAACCCUCAAGUUAGAAAAGUGGAACAAGGUGACAACGAGAGUGAUGAGGAGGUGUCCUAUUUCGAGCGAGUCCCUGAACGUGGCAAUGAGAUGAUGACAAAAGGUGAUGAAAUCAAACAGGAUGAGCGAGAAAGUGAAGGAGCCAAGCAAGGGUCUGAUUGUGAGAGUGAGAGCAUGAGAGUGAAACAAGAAGAAAAUGUUGAAAGUCCUUACAGAGGUGAGCCUGCGACCGCCACUCUGGCAUUUCCGGACAUAUCAGGGCAAAAUCUGCAGGAUCUCAUUGCUGAAGUUGAUGGUGAGGAAUAUGUAGAGAAAAUGGAGGCUUUCUCAGGGGAGGAGCAUGAAGAGGCCGGUGAGGGCUUUGCAGAUUAUCCCUCAGACUUUUCUUCAUGUGAAUAUGUAGAAGAUGCAGUCAAACAAUUGGAAAGUAAUUCCCAGGCAAGCGCCUCGCCUCAUACAUCCGACAGUGGUUCGAAGGCAAAGCAGGAGGUCUGUGUGGAAGGAGCUGUGGUGGAUGUAACAUGGAUGGGAACAGAGGAGGACACUGAUGAGCAGGGAGGCAGGUAUCUGUGCCGCAGAGAUUUGGAGAUGGAUGCUGAUGUGUUCAGGAGUUACGAUGUGGCAGACAGAGGAAAAACAGAGAUUGUUGGGAAUGUGUCGGGUGAGACAGGUGAGAGUGAAUCCUACAGCUCCAGUGAUGAUGAGUUUGAGGUGAAGAGGAGAGACGAGGAACUCUUAGAUAAUAAGUGUCUGCAUGAUCUUCAAAAUGACAAGAAACUGGAGGACACUCUGCUUUACAGAGCAAGCAAUGCUGCCCCUUCCAGGUGGAGCAUGUCUGACGACCAUCACAUCACAAACAACAGAGCGGAACCAGCAGAUGUCAGCAUAAGUUGGGAUUUCGACAUGUCAAACACUGCUUCCAUCCUGUCUGAGGACCUGUCAACCGCAGAGGACACAGAUAGAACGGAAACAGCUCUUUCACGUGUGAGUCAGCGUCCUGCAGAAGACAUCAACAUCUGCUCAGUCGUACAGAGCGAGGAGAGCAAAUCCACAAGUCCAUCUUACCAGGGAUCCCUGGAUGACAGCUUCUUCUUCAACACUGAGGUCCAGGCCUCUGGGAUUACUGAGCUGGAGCAGUUGGGAGAUGAUGAAAAUGAAGAGGAUAGAAGCCGGGAGGAGGAGAGAAUUAAGGCUUUCUUCAGGUUUUACAAUGACAGUGAAGGGGAGGAUGAAAGAGAAGAGAGGCAGACAAAAGUUCAUUUUUGUGCAGAUCCACUGUCUCAAGUCAUUCACUAUGAAACUGACAGCAGUGACAGAGAUUCACUCAGCAGCUCCACAGACCGGGAGGACGACCCAAGCUCUGGAGAAACAUCUGAAGAACUGAAAGAGCCCGACGACAUCCUGCCAACGAUACCGGUCUGUGAUCCCCCAGACACUGAGCUGCCAGAGAGCAAGCCAGAGAAGGAUGUCAGUCAGACACAAAUCUGUAGCAGAAGACACAAGUGUCUCCGCAUGCUGAAGUCGAUACUGAAGAUGGGUCUGGUGAUAGUGAUGGGACUGCUGAUGUUCUGGUUGGCCACAGACCUACCAGACUGGCUUUUCAUCUGGGGCUAGUUAUGUUAUGUUAUGUUAUGUUAUGUUAUGUUAUGUUAUGUUAUGUUAUGUUAUGUUAUGUUGUGUUGUGUUAUGUUAUAUUAUGUUAUAUUAUGCUAUCUUAUGUUAUGUUAUGCUAUGCUUUGUUUUGCUAUGUUUAGCAAAACAAACCUAAAUUGUUAUUAUAUGCUAAAUUGCUACAUUCUAUGCUACAUUAUGCUAUGCUAUGUUAUGCUGUGCUAUGUUAUGCUACAAAUGCAGUGUAAAAUGCUAAAUACUGAUAAUUGGAAAUCAUUAUCUUUAAUAUGCAUUGUAUGUGUAACAUAAACCAUAGAUAAGACAUGUUCCCUUUAAAUCAGGGCUAAAUGAACCUAUAGCUAAGGCCUCUACUUCUUUUGUAUUUUUUGACAAUUAUUGAAAUUCAAAAUUAUUUGUGGUAGAAAGUAACAAAGAAUUUCUAUGUACUUCAAACGCUUGCAAAAAAAUCAAUUGGUUGCUUUCUAUACUGCAAGUACUGAUAAGAAUAAAGCUUUUACAUACCAAA